CGACCGACAAUGGUUAUCCAAAUAUUUCACACUUCCGACGGCGGCCUCGACCAUCUCCAGAUGAUACGGUGAGUGUUUGAAGGAACCGCACGGGAGCACUGGGAACAGAGACGAAUCUGCGAAAGUUCCGAUAAGGACAAACCGCGGUAUAUCUCAAGUCACCAUGCCACCGAGCAUUGAUCGAUCUCUCCAUUGGAUCGGCACGUGGACUCUUAGCGCGCAUAUUCUCCCUCUAAAGAGACGCCGCGGUCUCUCCACAAUUUUCAUUUUCAUCGUUUUAAGCUGCUGCAAAAUUCAGUUGCAAUCCUUGGCAAAGGCCUACACGGGAAACGGCAAGCCUAGUCGGAAACGUUUGAUUCCUCCCACUAAGCGUGAACCUCGCUAUUUCGCGCAGGAGGCGUUGCUUCCGGGCUUAGCAAAUCUCGAUGAGCUACAACCUGAAUUUGUGGUACCAGGGCUACCCGUUCUGUACACGAAUGAUCCCAAGAGAGUCUCGGACUGGCUUGGCGACCACGUCGGGCCAAAUGGAGGCACGUUAGGUUUUGAUGUUGAGUCGGUACCUGAGAUUCCGCAUAUCCUACGAAAAGCAACAUUCCGAGGACCUGCCCUUGUGCAACUUGCUACACCAAACGCAAGCCUCGUCAUUCAACUCGCGCGAAACAAUGGUCGCCACAGUCGAGCAUGCAUCCCAAUACUCGAAGCCGUGCUGGCCGAUGAACAUAUCAUCAAAGCUGGUGUUCAAGUCGAUUUGGAUAUGCUUGAGCUUCAUCAGAAAUGGCAUACUAUUGAAGCUCGCAGCCGCCUUGAUCUUGGGGGACUUCUCAUUUGUGAAGACGACGCAAAUCGCCGUCCUGGCCUGAAGCGCCUCGCCGAAAGCGUUCUUGGCGUAAAUCUACCAAAGAGCAAGAGUUUGGCUAAGAGCAACUGGAGCCAGGUACCAUUGAGCCCCGCUCAAAUAGCCUAUAGUGCACGGGAUGCCUGGGCGGGGGCUGCAAUAGUGGAAGAGUUGGUCCGCCUGGAUCCCAUUAUUUUCGAAAGAGUGUCUUUAGUCGAGCGCCUGCGCUCGCAACGGCCUAUAGCCGAGCUAUCGGUGCGUUUGAAUAAGCGGAGAGAGGCAAAGAGUCUCCUUUCGUCGUUAUUGGCACCAUACUCGUUCCAGAAAGGAUCACAAGUAUCAGUUGACGAGCUUCCGCCUUGGAAGCAAAAGACGGUCAAGAAUCUGAGGCAACAGCUAUGUUGCAUCAACGGCAGCGCUUCGACUGGGAAAAAUUACAGGAAAGAUCCAAAUACACCGUCUUAUUUUUGCCAGAAGGAAAGAAUUGCCAUGGGGAUCCCUCAGUUUCUUUCCUACAUUCUAGAGACGGCUGGUAGAAAUGUCGAUCUCCAGUAUUAUCAAGGUGGCAUUGUUCCUCGUCAAGAUGAAAGACAAACACGAGACGGAGCCGACAGUCAGAAGAGGCCUCUACGGAUUGGCAUAGAUGUAAGCUCCUGGAUCUACAAGGCAUGUCAAGGACACGGGAGCAUGCUCGGCGACGAACGACACUUAACGAAUUAUGGCCGGGCAGCCCUACUGCAGAAUGAAGAGCAACAGAAGACUGGCGAUUUAAAUGACACAAAAAUUCGAGACGCACAGAAAAGGGAAAUGGUUCUGAGAUACGUCAAUGCUUGUAGCUUGUACGUCAUCGAGCGAUUGCAACGUUUGCAGUCUAUGACAGAUGCGGAAAUUCUUGUUGUUCUAGAUGGUGCAACACCUCCGAUAAAGCGUGUUGAAGUUCGCGAUCGAUCAAACCGACGGAAACAAGCUGCCCAGGAUCGUGAUCGACCUGCGGAUACUGAUGAAGAUGCUCUAGAUCGACGCUUUAAAGCUUUUCGACGAGCUGGCGCUGGAGAGUAUUAUACCGACGUUGUCGAAAGUAUUUUGCAAGGACUCCGUGCAAAAUCGAUUCCUUUUCUUGUCUCACCCUACGAGUCGGAUGGGCAGUUGGCGUUUCUAGGAGACAAAGGGUACAUCGAUCUAAUCGCAACGGAGGAUUCCGAUUUAGUGGCAUAUGGAGUGAAAAGUCCUAUUCUUUACAAGUUGGUCAAUUCCCUCGGCGACGAAGCAGUACCUCGAGGAGUUCUUGUGCGACGGGAAGAUCUCGGAGCAACAACCGAGAUCAACCUCUGCGACUUUACCGCUACCAUGCUGGCGGUAUUAUUCGUGGCUGCGGGAUCGGAUUACUGUAAAAAAUUGAAGGGUAUCGGCGUAAAGGCGGCUUCAUAUAUCGUCCGAGCGGCCUUCUAUAGUAAGCGAGAAAAAGGAUGCAGCCCUCUAGAGGUUGUUUUUCGAAAGCUGUACUCCGAGACAUGGGACAAACAGACACUGACAGAUGAUUUCAAACGAGACUACGAGAAAGGCUUUUUGGCAGCUCUCCUUAUGUUCCGACAUCCUGUUGUUUUCGACUCGGUCCACGGAGUUUGCGCUACUAUGGGAGAUCCGUUAGAAGGAGAUCCCCAACUCAUCUCCUACCCUCCCUACGCCGAGCUUUGCCGCGACUCUGAACGCAGAGCCGCUGUUUGCGGUAAUCUGCUACCAUCUCCUCAGGCGCUGUUUGUCGCGGAAGGGUGGCUUUCGGCACGAACGUUUCGUCCGUAUCCAAAGACUGAAAUCCCCUCAAAUGUAAAAAAGUGGCUUUGGCAAAAUGAAAAGCAAGCGCGUGUGCCUUCUACGAAUCAAAAGCACAGCAAGAGGAGAAAGGAGACAGCCACGGACGAAGGGGAUUUAGAAGGAGACUUCGAGACCGAGGAGCAAGCGAUGACGUGGGUGGACGAAGUCAGUGAUGGCGACAGCCCAGUAGCCUGUCUCUAA